GGGGGGAGCAGUGGGGAAGGCACCUCGGAUGGGGGGAGCACCGACAGCAAGGGAGACACAAGCAGCGGAGGGAGCAGCGGCACUGUCAACCCCAAUGCGCCCUUAAGAUACCGCGCUUCCUCCAUGCCCCACACGAAAGCCAGUAACUCGACCGGCAAAUUCUAUGUCGAUGUGAACAUCACGGAGUCCAAGCAGACCACCAACUUCAUCUUCUUUGUCUACAACGUGCCGCCCACUCCCAAGCCAACCUUCUCCAAUCCCACCUACUACACCACCGAUGGCAAGCUCUUGAUUGAGUUCACCUGCGCGUUCAAAGCAAUCGGCACACCUGGUUCCUACUACUGCGGGUUAGCCGGGGCGGCUGCUAAGGUGGCUGAGCCUUACAAGCCGAUUGGCAAGGGCAAGAAGCUGGUAGACGCUGGCCUCUUCACGAAUCCCGGAGGGUUCUACGCUUCGAUCAAAGUGAAUGGUGUGGAGCUGCGCGGGGGAAUCACGGCGUCUGUUGCUAACCUGUGAUUGGUUGGGGGAUGCUGGACACCCCGUGCCUUGCCUUAGAGGCACUAGCUAGGCUUGGGCUCUGUUUAUUUGUUACCCUUUAUCUAGUCCAGUGUGCUUAGCCGGUGUAUUGGUAUGGUUCUUACUGCUUCUGUGUGUUUCUUUGCUUUUUGUGCUCGACUUAUAUGGAAGCUUCAGUGUGCUUGCUUG